AUGUGGGGAAGAGCAAGUAUGGCAGCUGUAAUGGUUUUCCUUCUAACGUGUUUAUGCACGUUGAACGUGGCCUACGCCAAAGGUUUCAAUUUCAAUUUUAAUUUUAAUUUUCAAUUUUAAUCCUUCUAGAUCCACUUGAUUCUGAUUCGCUGAUUCGUCUGAUUUGUCGAUUAAUUUCCUUUUCCCUGUAACGAGAAUGUAACGCAAUAAGAUUCCCAACGAAGAAUUCAGAGUUAAGAAUAAACUUACCUAAUUUUCAAAUUUCUGAAGAAAAUCAAUGAAUUGUUUAAUUACAUAAAUUGCACGUUAAAUCAUUCGUUAUUUAAUUAAACGUUAGCAUACACGUUACAUUUACAACACGUAGAAUUUACAAGUAUUACGUACAUCGUAUGUAGCAAGAGCAACCAACGAAAUUUUGCGCAUUUUGCAGGAAGCCUCGCGGACAACUCUGCCUCGAGCGACACCGACGGGGAAAACAUUUUUGAACGAGCAACUGCAUGGUUAUGGAGUCAACGAAACAAAGAUGCCGGUUGGGGGAACGAUACUCAUCGAGUAUUGCUAGUUCUUCGACUGGGCAAUCUGUCGCGAGAAGAUAACGUUGCGCCCGCGGCUCCUCUCGAAUUGCAACUCAGCAGCAAACAGAUGGAACUUGAAAUUGUUUUGCUUCUAUGGAGGCACAGAGAAGUUGGCUUUUCUCCGGUUCGCCUAGCGCGCUACACUCUUGCCUUAAAUGCCAUGUGCACGGAUCCAAGGCAAUUUCACGGCCACGAUUUGAUUGGAACGCUUCAGCAUCACGAACCACCGACCGAUUAUGAGUUUGCUCUUACCACGUUAGCUGCGUGCAACGCGCAAGCUCACGUGCGAAAAAGGCAGAUACGUCGACUGCUUGACAUCGCGAACGCCGCUCAAGAUCACAACGUCGAUACCGUCGCGAUGGUGAUCUUAGCCUUAAAGUGCAUCGUUCAGGAUCACCGACAUCGAAAUCUCCAUCAUUUCGUGCGUAAACCAUCGAUUGGUUUAGCGCAACAGCAAAGACUCGAUGGCAGUUUCGGAGAUGUUCGGACAACGGCGCUGGUAAUGCAAGCUCUCGAAGAAGCGGAGAACGAGCCGGCCGACAAUUGGAACAGAUCGGCCGCUUUGGCAUGGUUAAGCAGUCAGCAACGAGCCGAUGGAUCGUUCGCUGGUGACGUUUGCGCGACCGCCGAGGCGCUUCUUGGCGUGGCACCACGUGAGCCAGCGGCGAUCCCGGGCAAUCGUAACGACAGUCUACCGAUAUCUGUCAUUUCUGGGGCCACCAGCGUGGCGACUAAUGUCACGUCCGUUGGCAGCAGCGGAACUAACAAUGGCAAUGGUAGCAAUGGACAGAACGGAAAUAGCGGCAACAAUGGCAAUAACGGGGCAAAUGCGCUCAACGCGAGCAACACGGAUGGCGCGAUCGUUACCGUUGCCACACCGGCCAUGGUAAACGUUUCUUACACUCUGUGGGUCGGCAGCAACGUGAACGAGACGUACAGUUUGACAGUGACGGCGCCUAAGAACGAAACAUUUUACGAAAUGAUGCUUCUAGCCGCAGAGAUGUCACCGCAUUUUCAAUUUGUUGCAUCCGAAUGGCCGAACGGCCACUAUGUUCACACGAUAGCAGGUUACAAAGAGGAGCCAAUGUCCUAUCACUAUUGGUUGCUGUAUCGGCUGACUACGCCACCCGAUCCAGCCUCGCCACCGGGUAAUCAACUAGUCGCACCUGGAGGUACGCACCCUUUCUCGCUCAGAUCGCUUCGAGCGAUAGACAAACAAUGGACAAAUAAAUUGACAAGAUGCUAUUUGAUUUGCAAACUGUUGUUUCUCGAAACAACUUCUUUAUUCUAUCUUCCACACGAUUCGAGACGCAUUCGAGACGCAUUCUAUCUGUAACUAUAAAACGAUCUUUCAGGUGUGGAUGAUCUGCAGAUCAGCGAGGGAGAUCACUAUCUAUACUGGUAUAAGAAGCUAUGA